ACAUAGAUAACAACACAUGUCAUAGACAAAAAGUCAUUUGCUUUUGCUUCUUCUCUAACAAAAGUUCAACUACUUUUCAGUUGAAAACUCCAAGUUUCAAUUAUGAGUGAAGAAGGGAAGGAUAGUCAUCAUCACCAUCAUGGUCACCAUGGCCAUCAUCACCAUGAGGUACACCAAUCACCACCACCACCAGCAACUGAAUAUGGUACUUUUGGACAACCUCCUUUGCCGGUAGCCGGUUUCCCGCAACCAGUUCCUCCACCAGGGGCACUUGAACCUGCUGAAUACUAUGCUCGUGGUUAUCAAGCUGUUCCAGGUUAUAUUGAUGAGAGUGGAGCUGUGAUAGAGCCUCCCCUUCCUUGCUGCGGUAUUGGUCUUGGCUGGUUCAUGUUCAUUACUGGUUUCUUUCUUGCUGCCAUCCCUUGGUAUGUUGCUGCAUUUAUCCUGCUUGCCACCAGAACAGUUGAUAAUCGAGAGAAACCAGGAUAUGUUUUAUGCACCAUUGCUGCUGUUCUCGCUACAAUUGCUAUCGUAUUUGGUUUAACAAAGAUUUAAUCAGCAAGUGGUGAUCAAUCUGUGUGGAAUACUCAUAUGUGUGCCCGCUAGGUGGCUUGAUUAAUGCGCAUUUAUUCAGAAGAUGUCUGUACAAAAAUUGCCUGUUUUAGAUAUAUGCUUCCUAUAUUUGAUGAAACCAUCCAAAACUCAUAUUGUUUGUGUAAGAUUUGCUUAUGAGAGUGACUGCUUUAAACAUGGGAAUAGUAUGCAUUUGUCCUGGGAGAAAUCAAGUAACA